CACAGCGCAUGGGCUUCAAAAAUAUUGUUUUUGAAAAAUAGAUUCAUUAAUUAUUGAUAUUUUGUUGUUAGUAAAUUUUAAUUUAAACAUUUUAGAUCACAAAUUCAAAUAUAAUGUUAUUUAUUUGAAUCAAAUUUCAAUAAAAAGAUAAUUAUAUAAAUGAGGAUUUUGAUUCUGAAAGUGAUCUUUUUUUAGCAUUGAAAUUCAAAAUUAAAUAUUUAAACUUCAAUCAUCCCGGUUCAAUUCCAGCCGCUUCACAUAAGGAUGAGUUACUGUAUUUCUUUAUAUCGGAGAAGCUUUCCUUUGUAAGCUGAAAAUAUACCAACAAAACAAGAUUCUUCUCAAACCUCAUUUGCUUUUCAGGAAAGAAUCCUUCUUCAAAAUGCUUACAGUACAUUAACAUGUAACAUCAAAAGGAUGUAGACAGGUAAUACGUUCCUUUAUGAAUAUCCAAACCAACCUUUGCAUGCAAAGCAAAUUAUCCAAAGCUUGCAUGCUAUUACCAAACCAUCACAAUUCUUCCUUUUCUCCAGCCUACCUUUCUGAAUUAUAUCUCCUUUCAAAUAAAAGCAGGCCCCUCCAUUGCCCACCAUUGAUUCAUUUCUCAAUAAAUAAAAAAGUUCCAAGCUUUAUUCAAAGAAAUUCAUCCGAAACAAUGGAGAAUUUUAUGAAGCAGAUGAGGGGGAGAUUUUCCAGUGCCGAACAUGGGAAAACAGAGGAGUCGAGCAGUAUUAGAAACCAAUGGAUGCCACCACAAAAAACUCGAUCUUUCAAAGCAGAGAGAACUCAAAACUGGUUUGGAAAACCAUUUUCUGGCAAAAUGACGAGUUGGAAUGAUGACUCAAACCAUAAACCAGAGCAAGUACUUGCAGUUGCAGCUGCAGCGGCUACAUAUGUCAUUAACUCGAUUGCAGAACCAAGCAUCCAGGACCAGAAGAAGACCAGUGCAGGUCUUGGACCCUCUUUGACCAGAGAUAAGAGUAGAAAGGAAGAUACGUCAUUUUCAACAUCGAAACCUGGCACUGUAUCCAAACAAUUCUCAGGCGAGGGUUCGACAAAAGGUUCAGGAAGUGCAGAAAGUAAAGUGGCACUGCCCGAUGGCACGGAUGAUAACGAAACUAAAUCUGCUCCAUCACUUAAAAGACCUCUUACUUUUGCAGAUUACUUAGGCAACACUAGCAUUACGAAACAAAGAAGUUCUCCUAAACCUGAUAUGCUUUCCAGUCAAACAGAAAGUGCAGCACCAAAACCUGAUGUCUCCACCAUAAAACCAGCAAGCAAAGCACCAAAACCUGAUCAUCCUGCCAUUAAACCUGGAACUGCAGCAGGAAGACCUGAGGAGCCUCCUACCAUAGAGCCAAGGCCAGAGACAGAGCAGACAAAAGCAGAGGAUUGGGAGAAGGAUGAGAUGGCCAAGAUCAAAGAACGGUAUAAGAAGUUGAAUAGCACUAUACUUGCCUGGGAGGAAAAGAAGAAGAAGAAAGCCAAGAACAAGCUGGACAGAACAGAGAGUGGAUUGGAGCGAAAGAGAGCACGGGCAUUACUAAAAUUUAAAAAUGAAAUGGAAUAUAUCAAACAAGCUGUGGAUGGAGCAAGAGCACAGGCAGAGGCGAGCCAGAAAAAAGAUGAGCUUAAAGCAAAGGAAAAGGCAAAUAUAAUUAGAAAAACAGGAGAGGUUCCAAGGGCAUGCUUCUGCUGCUGAAUGUAACAAAUCAUGUAGCAUCCUGAGUUUUAAGUCACACUCCAUCUUGUUCAUUAUGCACUCUCUACAGUAGAAAAACACCUUCAUGUUUCCAUUACAUAGUAGAUCUCAAGUAAUGAGAGAAGAAUAAGAUAGUAAUUAGAAA